AUGAUCAGAUGGGCUGCUGGAGGGAGUAAGGCUGCCUCUGCCUCAUCCUGCUCCAGGGCCCAGUUAGGGGCUCAUUCUGGCUCUGGGACUAAUUCCAGACUAAAGUCACCAGCGCUGUGUUCCUCCCUGACUUUGCCCCUCCUGUUGGCCCUGGUGGUUUUCUCCUUGUCCCUGUCCGGGGUGGACUGCCAUCAGCUCCACAGAGAAAGACUGAGGCUCGCCAGCCCACGAACUCUCAGAGUCCCACUGAACAUUUCAGAGACUGAACUUGUCCUUAGGACCAGGAACGCUGGGGGCCCUCCAGGUCGGACAGGGGGGCCGCAGGGUAGACAUGUGCGCAGCUACCAUCAUCUCCAGGGGGAUGUACGGAGGAGGAAGCUGUUCUCUUUUCAGAAGUUCUUUCUGAGGAUCGAUAAGAAUGGAACAGUCAGUGGCACAAAGCGCAAGGACGACCCGCUCAGUAUCCUGGAAAUCACCUCGGUGGACGUGGGAGUGGUGGCCGUCAAAGGGCUGAACACCAACUACUAUCUGGCGCUCAGCAGGAAGGGGGAGCUGUAUGGAGCGAGGGAGUUCGGCAUCGACUGCACCCUGAAGGAGCGGAUUGAGGAGAACGGCUACAACACGUAUGCGUCAGCCGAGUGGAGGAACAAGAAGAGGCAGAUGUUUGUGGGUCUGAACGUCCACGGGAAGCCACUCAAAGGGAAGAAAACACGCAGGAAGAACACGGCCACCCACUUCCUUCCAAUUAUGGUGUGAGCUGAAGAAAUCCACGGCAGAGGGGAGGAUGAGCAGCACUGGACAGAGAGGUUUUCAAUACUGAUAAGCUGUAAAAUUAAAAAAAAACAAAAAAAAAAAAACAGAAGACAUUCACUGGAAAUCUCUAAUUUGGAAACAAGGCACUAACACUGUUACACACCAAAUAACACACAUAAGCAUGGUUUCUGCAAGUGACUGUGAUUGAGAUGAAGGUGAUAUCUGUGUUUUCUGUGGCACAGGAUGCCUUUCUUUUCUGUGCCAAACAGUUUGCACCUGGAGUUUGUGUGUGACGGCGACAACACGGAUACUGCCCCAGCUAAUGAACUGCAGUAGAUACAGAUGUUAUUUAUAAUCCAUGAGGGGGGAGAGGUAGAUGAAAUACGAGAGAGAAAUGCUCAGUUUAUUGUGACAGCAUUAAGUAAUAGCGGAUACCACACAUUUAAACAAGCAAAUGUUUAAUACUUAACCACUGUGUUUUUUCGACUGUAUUGUUAUGAUUUAUUUAUUUUGUGAAAUAUUUAACUGGAGGGGAAAUCUCACAAGGCAAGCAUUCCUUUGCAUGCUUUACUUUUUAUAGGAACUCUAUAUGUGAAAAUAAAAUUACCAUUUUC